AUGUUUGCAGUACACAAACACGUCAAGAAGCACCACUCGUUUAGUAGCAUGAGCUCCGAGAACAGCAGCAGUCCGUGGAACGUGGCGCCCGCAGUAAGCCCCGAGUCGGCCACCCCGUGGGCCGUGUCUCCUUUUCAGACCAGGAACCCGUUCAAAUCCCCUGUCAAGUCUUCGUUGCCCACGGAGACGGAACCUGAGCCAGAUUCAGCCAGCCAUGCUGCGGUGAAGGAUGUACCGAGCAAAGAAGAGUCGACGCCAGUCUUGGCCGCAGCGUUUGAGCCAGCAAGUAAAGUAGAGUCGGCUGAGAAGCGCGCUGCAUCAUCAUCGGUUUGGGCGGUGCCUCCUGUCGUUGAGGCUGAACAGACGCCGCCACCGUCAGCGUGGACGUCUGCUGUCCCUGUAGCGGCGGAGGAGGUCAAGGAGACGUCGUCUGCAUUGGCAAAGGAGGUGUGUGCUCCUGAUGAUGGAGAAGCUGGUGAAGAAGUGAAGGAGUCGAAUGUGAAGCAUGACGAGUCAAAAGUGCGGAAACAGAUUGACGAUGAUACGACUGGUGCAGAGACGGUGGAGGAAGCAUCUGCGAGUGCAUGGACGACUGCGCCUGUCCAGGCAAAAGCUGAAUCGAAGCCUGCUGUGGUAGAGCCUGCAGCUGAAGAGGAGAGCAGUGCGGAGGAAGCUGAAGUUUCGGAUGAUUCUCUCGGUGACUCGCCAGUUGCUGUAACAUCUGUCAUGGAUCCACCUGCUCCGAUGGUCGACGAGUUUGUUGUUUUGCACAACGAAGCAGCAGAUGAAGGGACUUCCGUUUCGACGUCGGACGGUUCGUGGACGACCGAGUCUGUUCAGGAGGAGGCCCCUCCUGCUGCAACAGAGGUGGGCAACAUGCCGAAAGAGUCCGUCAGUGCUACAGAGACGGCAGGGUCUGCGACAAAAGCUGCCGUGGUAUGCCCUGCCGUGGCAGACCCUGCGGCGGCGGACGCCGCGGUGGCAGAUCCAUCAGUGGCAAAUACGGUAGUGGGAGAUUCCUCCGUGUCAGAUCCUGCUGUGGCUAAAGCGGAGGAGGAGUCAUCUUGCAUCGACAAAGCCUCUUCGGAGACUUCAAGUGCAUGGACUGUGGCACCAACGCAGACUGAAAAGAGCGAAGCCACUCUCUGCACCCCAGCGCCCGUUCGAGAUGAGGUUACGCCAGCCACGGUAGCCAGGCUUGUUUCGGUAGUGAAGGCGGCUAAACCUGCUGUCCCCGAUACGUCCGAUCCUGCGGCGGCGGCUUCCAAGUCGAUGGUGAAGGUACAUGUUACAGAAGAUGCCCCGUCGACAAGUGCAUGGAAUACUACGCCUGUUGAAGAGGGUGUACUGAAAACGGACGUCCCCAUCACGGAGGACUCGGGCAAGCAGAAACCUGCAGCUUUUGCCGAAGCCAAAAAGGUUGAACCCAUCACGCCUCCGGCUAAGGAGGUUGCCGUCGCGGCAGAGAAGGAUACACCGUCUUCGUCAUCGACCUGGAAUGCGACUCCAGUCCGAGAAGAGGUUAAAGCUGGUACGGUGAAGAAGUCGACGGAGCCCGCAAAGAAAGCGGGGGUAGUCCAGAAGCACGCCAUUGUUGAUGACAAGACGACAAAUGUGACGAAGGAGACGCCUGUAGCGGCCGCCAAGGGGGUUGUCAUAGCCACAGAGGUUGUUUCCAAGGAUUCUACGAUUGACAAGAAGGCUAUCGCGAACGCGUUUGAUGGCGUCGCCAGCUACGAAGCUAACAGCGUGGCACACCCCAAGAAGGCCCCGAGCGUGGAGGCGGCUAUAACUAGACCAGCCGAUGUGCCCGGAGCUUGUGGUGCCUGUGGCAUUGGCGGUUGCAGUAUCCAGUAA